GAACAUGGCGGAUAUCAGACAAAUUUAAAAUUACAAAUAAACAAAUUAAAAACUUAAAAAUAAACCAAAUUAAAAAAAUGCACAUGCUGAUUUUCAAAUUCUAUGAAUGUGCAUUUUUUCAUUUUAUUCAAUGGACAUUUAUUUCGCUUAUUUAAAAAUUGUUUAAAUUGACAGCUGUCUGCUACAUUCACACUCAUGUUUUCCAGCAGGUGGAUAAGAAAAAAACUGAUCGUUGCUAACUUCAAGUAAAUUUUAUUAACUUGUGUUAUUACACUCAUACACCAAUUACCCAAGUUACUAAAUAUAAUUAAAUUUAAAAAAUCCAUCAAUAUGGACAUGGAUUCAAAAACAUGAUAAUUUUACCAAGUGUACAAUUAAUUAUUUAAAUAACGUAAACUAGAGACUUAAAAUGGCCAAGUGUCACGUAGACUAGUUUUUAUAAUCACUAAUUAUAAUUAUCACAAUAAUAAUAAUAAGAAUACAUAAAUAAAUAGGUAGAGCUGGUGAUAAAUAUCAGAGCAAGACUGAUAAAGCAACGUGCGCACGUUGCUCGUGGAUAUUAAAUGUUUAUUGUGACACCAGAUAAAAUCGAGGCAUCGUCGUCAUCAUCACCGACGACAUCAGAACCUCUGGCCCUGCUGGCAAUAUCAUCAGCCUCAGCCUCUUCACUGACAUCACCGUCAACAUCAUCGACUCUAACCUCUUCACCAGCGGCUCUGAUUGUCAGCACCAGCACCACAAGCAACAGCAACGGCGGCGUUAUGUCCGGCGAUCAUCGUCCAGUUAUUCGUUACCCCUCUGAGUAUGUAAAGUUGAAUAUCGGAGGGUCGUUGCACUACACGACGAUCAGUACACUGAGAAAACAUGACACGAUGUUACGUGCGAUGUUCAGUGGUCGCAUGGAUGUUCAUACUGAUUCAGAAGGCUGGAUACUAAUUGACAGAUGUGGCAAACACUUUGGUACAAUUUUAAACUUCCUGCGCAAUGGAUCAGUAGCAUUACCAGAAAGUACUAAAGAAAUAACAGAGCUACUUGUUGAAGCGAAGUACUACUGCAUCAGCGAGUUGGCUGAAUCAUGUGAACAAGCUCUGCUACGAAAAGAACGCGAAGCCGAACCUAUUUGUCGAGUCGCGUUGAUAACUUCCCAAAGAGAAGAGCAAUUGCUCAUCAGCAGCACCACCAAACCAGUUGUUAAAUUACUUAUCAAUAGACACAACAAUAAAUAUUCAUAUACUAGCACCUCAGAUGAUAAUUUACUAAAAAAUAUUGAGCUCUUUGAUAAAAUGUCUCUGAGAUUUAAUGGAAGAGUUUUAUUUAUCAAAGAUGUGAUCGGUUCUAUUGAAAUUUGCUGCUGGACUUUUUACGGUCAUGGUAGAAAAGUUGGAGAAGUUUGUUGUCAUUCAAUUGUUUACACUACUGAUAAAAAACACACUAAGGUGGAGUUUCCAGAAGCUAGAAUUUAUGAGGAGACAUUAAAUAUAUUAUUGUAUGAGCACCGCAAUGGUCCAGACCAAGAACUCAUGCAAGCGACAUCGUCCCGCGGUGCCGUGGGUGGAGGGCCUCCAUGCACGAGCGACGAAGAAGAGGGCGAACGAUCUGGAUUAGCUCGUCUUCGUACCAACAAACAAAAUACCAACUGACCCCCCCUAACAGUACUGACACCUUCACACCCCGCUAUCAUGAGCCUGGUCCGAUCUUUAAAAACUCGCGCUCAUAUUAAAUGAAAAAAUAAAAAAUAAAAAAAAAUAAACGUAAAUAUAAAUAUAAAUAAUAAACUAUUUAUUCGCACUAAUUAUCAAGCAGACAAAGUGCCAAACACGUUAACAUAUUUAUUAAUAAAACAGUAAUUAACUUUUUUUAAUGGGACUUAUAAUUUAAAUUCUGUAAAAUAUGUAGAUUUAUUUUUAUUUAUUAAUUGUUCGUAUUUAUAUAUUUUUUUUUGUUUUUCUUUAAUUAAAUUUUCAAAGUGCAUUAAUUUACUUUUUUAUUUAAAUUAAAUACUGCCAAUUUUUCGCGACAGGGUAAAUUUAUAAUAACAAUAAUUAAUAAUUAAUAAUUUAUGAUUAUUAAUUUAAAUAGAAUCCGUAUUGACGUUAAUUAAAUAUACAGUAAAGAUUUAAUAGUCGAAUUUAAUUAUA